AACUUUUGGGCUUUACAAAGCCCACUCCAGAGUCCAGUUUCAAAGGUUUCAUGGUUAUCAAGCAACGGAAAGAAAGCAAUCGCACAAAGAGACGCCGUUUUUCCAUUCUUGAUCUGUUAAUUUGGCAAACGAUGGGUUCACGAGGAGCAAAUGUAUUGCUAACGAGGGCAAGUAGGAUCAAGUCGAAGCUUCAAACGGUUCUAGAAGCGAAGAUUUUGGAAGUGGAAGAUGUAUCAUAUCAGCAUGCAGGACAUGCUGCGGUUAAAGACAAUGCAAGUGAAACUCAUUUCAAUGUGAAAGUUGUUUCAGGUAAGUUUGAUGGUCAAAAUCUGGUGAAGCGGCACCGUAUGGUCUAUGAUGCACUUGCAGAUGAACUCGAGUCUGGUUUGCAUGCGCUUUCAAUUGUUGCAAAGACUCCUAAAGAAGCUGGCCUCAGUUGAAGAAGGUUAAGUAAGUAGCUGGAGUCCUUGGAUACUAUUUGCCCAACUUUUAACAAAAACAAACAACUGUAGCUUGUUAAUUUCUAUUCUAUAAUAGGUGUCAGUAAAAGCUUCAGAUUGGGUAAGCCUAAGGCCAUGUGUAGUCAUAAAGCCCUUGUGGGGUGUUAUGCGACAAGUGGCGGAUUGUGUAAGAGAGAGGCUUUAUAUAACUUGAGUGUGUAGUGGGGUUAUAUAUGUAUGGGGCUUUAUAUAUAUGUAUGUAUGUAUAUGUGUUA